UGCCCAGUACACCCGCCUACCGCCGCGUACACCAUCACACCGAUCGAACAAGUUAGACCGCCCUGUUCACACUCUCUCACACACACCCCCACGACGACAACGACUUCCCUCAACUUGCCCGAAUAGCUGCCCGGUUGAUUGCGACCCUCGACACCUCCAAGAUGCUGGCCCGACACACAGAACCGGCGCUGGCCCGACACCGACAAGGCAACAUGGCGCGCUCACGACGAACCCAGAGAGACGCGAGUACUUCGCGCUCCGACUCUUCCGCCUCGACCUCUCCAGAGCGCGGCUAUGACGACGAAGAAGACAAGGACUCCAUCAUGAUGCAGUCCAACGACUCAUUGUCAUCACUCGCGCCCUCGGUAUCGCCAGACUCAGACGACGAGGCUCGCCGGCGCGCCAUCGAAGAGCAGAACCGCAUCUCGCCCGUUUCCCGCUUACCCGCCGAGCUCAUGAUCGCCGUCUUCGCCAAACUCUCGUCCCCCGCCGACCUCAAGAACUGCAUGCUCGUAUCCAAGACAUGGGCAGGAAACAGCGUCGGCCUGCUGUGGCACCGGCCUUCCACAAACAAAUGGUCCAAUGUCAAGAGCGUUAUACAGACUGUCCAGACUGUAAACAGCUUCUUUGACUACAGCAGUUUGAUCAAGCGCCUGAACCUGGCCGCUCUCGGCAGCGAGGUCAGCGACGGCACACUGAGGCCUCUUUCAAGUUGCAAGCGUGUCGAGCGCCUGACGCUGACCAACUGCACCAAGUUGACCGACUUGAGUCUGGAGGCCAUGCUCGUCGACAACCGCUACAUACUCGCCCUGGAUGUUACCAACGUCGAGUCCAUCACCGACAGGUCCAUGCUUGCCCUGGCCAAACACGCAGUCCGUCUGCAGGGUCUAAACAUCACAAACUGCAAGAGGAUAACAGACGCUUCGCUUGAGGCUGUUGCCAAGAACUGCCGGCAUCUGAAGCGCCUAAAAUUGAAUGGAUGCUCUCAGCUCAGUGACAGGAGUAUCAUCGCCUUCGCUAGGAACUGUCGCUACAUUCUGGAGAUCGACCUUCACGAUUGCAAGAAUCUCGACGAUGCUUCCAUCACCACCCUCAUUACUGAAGGUCCCAACCUCCGUGAAUUGCGCCUGGCUCACUGCUCUAAAAUCACAGACCAGGCCUUCCUUCGCCUCCCAGCUGAGGCUACCUACGACUGCUUGCGUAUCCUAGAUCUUACCGGCUGCGACGAACUACAAGAUUCCGGCGUUCAGAAGAUAGUCUACGCAGCUCCGCGGCUUCGCAAUCUGGUCCUGGCCAAGUGUCGCAAUAUCACAGACAGAGCCGUCAUGGCCAUAACUCGUCUGGGUAAGAAUCUUCACUACAUACAUUUGGGACACUGCUCGCGUAUCACCGACGUCGGUGUCGCGCAGUUGGUCAAGCUAUGCAACCGCAUACGGUACAUUGACCUCGCAUGCUGUACCGCUCUCACCGAUGCCUCGGUCAUGCAACUGGCUGCUCUCCCAAAGCUGAAGCGCAUUGGCUUGGUCAAGUGUGCAGCCAUCACAGAUCGGAGUAUACUCGCACUAGCCAAGCCGAAGCAGAUUGGAUCUAGUGGACCCAUCGCACCUAGCGUGCUCGAGAGAGUGCAUCUUAGCUAUUGCACCAAUCUCUCCCUGGCGGGCAUACACGCGCUGCUUAACAACUGCCCCCGCCUGACGCAUCUCUCGCUUACCGGCGUCCAAGCUUUCCUCCGCGACGACCUUCUCGCCUUCUGCCGUGAAGCGCCUCCGGAAUUCAAUGAUCACCAGCGUGAGGUCUUCUGCGUCUUCAGCGGUGUCGGCGUACAACGCCUUCGCGUCUUCAUGAACACCAAUGGCCGAGACGAUGUUGAUAACGAGGAAGACCCUUUCACUCUCAACGACGGUACCAUGUACCACGAGGAUGAAGAUGGCGAUAACAUGGUUGUGGUCACAGCACAAGCGAACAUAAUGGCCAUUGACGAGGAAGACGAAUUCGGUAAUGACAGUGAGAUGGCAGGGCAAGACUAGGGAAUUGGUGACUCGGUCUAUAAAUGUUUCUGCAUCCCUAGGCAUCAGCAUCGCUGAGUAUUCAUCUUCGCAGUCUUCUCAUCAGCAUACAUAGAGGAGUUUGGGCGGCGUUGUUAGUCUUUUCGGCAUCUCUAGCGGCGCUAUAUGAUAUUAUUGUUCCUGCAGACGACGCAGAACCGGACGGCUGGUCUUGAUAGGACGCACUUUGGUGGCGAUUAUACCCUUACGCGUUUCUUUAGUAUUUUGGUAUGGCAUGGGGGUACGGGGAUAAUAUACAGAGGUACCCAAUUUUCCAAGCCAGGAGCAUCACGGAUGCAAAGGCCGUACAGCUUAUUGAAAACCAUGUUUUACUUAGUCACACUG